GGGAGGGAAAAGGAGGAUCUGUGAGUCGCUGAGCGGCAGCGCGGCGGCUGCUCUGAGGAGUCCGGGUGCGGAGUCGUCGGACCAGGGCCUGGACUAGAAGGAAAGGCCGGAGCAGCGCCAGGAGCCCGAGGCCGGAGUCGAGGAGGAAUGUGACCGGGGGUCGGCGGGGGCGCGGGAGUACGCGAGCGCAGGGAUGGGGCAGCAGGUGGGCCGCGUCGGGGAGGCUCCAGGGCUACAGCAGCCGCAACCCCGCGGGAUCCGGGGCACCAGUGCAGCCAGGCCCUCCGGCCGCAGGCGGGACCUGGCUGGGCGCUCCACAGAGGCCGGCUUCAAUAUCUUCACCCAGCAUGAUCACUUUGCCAGCUGUGUGGAGGAUGGAGUUGAGGGAGACAAGACUGGAGGCUGUAGUCCAGAAGCCUUACACCGCCCUUAUGGUUGUGAUGUUGAACCCCAGGCACUGAAUGAAGCCAUCAGAUGGAGCUCCAAGGAGAACUUGCUUGGAGCCACCGAGAGUGACCCUAAUCUAUUUGUUGCACUUUAUGAUUUUGUAGCAAGUGGUGAUAACACACUCAGUAUCACUAAAGGUGAAAAGCUACGAGUGCUUGGUUACAACCAGAAUGGUGAGUGGAGUGAAGUUCGCUCUAAGAAUGGCCAAGGUUGGGUGCCGAGCAACUACAUCACUCCAGUGAACAGCCUGGAAAAACAUUCCUGGUACCAUGGGCCUGUGUCACGCAGUGCGGCGGAGUAUCUGCUCAGCAGUCUAAUAAAUGGCAGUUUCCUUGUGCGAGAAAGUGAGAGCAGCCCCGGGCAGCUGUCAAUCUCGUUGAGGUAUGAAGGGCGUGUGUAUCACUACAGGAUCAAUACCACCACGGAUGGCAAGGUGUACGUGACUGCUGAGAGCCGCUUUAGCACGUUGGCAGAGCUUGUUCACCAUCACUCCACAGUGGCUGAUGGGCUGGUGACAACAUUACACUACCCUGCACCCAAGUGUAAUAAGCCUACAGUCUAUGGUGUGUCCCCCAUCCAUGACAAAUGGGAAAUGGAACGAACAGAUAUUACCAUGAAGCACAAACUUGGGGGUGGUCAGUAUGGAGAAGUUUACGUUGGUGUCUGGAAGAAAUAUAGCCUGACAGUUGCUGUGAAAACACUGAAGGAAGAUACUAUGGAGGUGGAGGAAUUCCUAAAAGAAGCUGCAGUGAUGAAGGAAAUCAAGCAUCCUAACUUGGUGCAAUUAUUAGGUGUGUGCACUCUGGAGCCACCAUUUUACAUUGUGACUGAGUACAUGCCAUAUGGAAACCUGCUUGAUUAUCUCCGAGAAUGCAACCGAGAAGAAGUGACAGCAGUUGUGUUGCUUUAUAUGGCCACUCAGAUCUCUUCUGCAAUGGAGUAUUUGGAGAAGAAGAAUUUCAUUCAUAGAGAUCUUGCAGCUCGAAACUGCCUAGUGGGAGAAAACCAUGUGGUAAAAGUGGCAGACUUUGGCUUAAGUAGAUUGAUGACUGGAGACACCUAUACUGCUCAUGCUGGUGCCAAAUUUCCCAUUAAAUGGACAGCACCAGAAAGUCUUGCCUAUAAUACCUUCUCAAUUAAAUCUGAUGUUUGGGCUUUUGGGGUAUUAUUGUGGGAAAUUGCUACAUAUGGAAUGUCACCAUAUCCAGGUAUUGACCUAUCUCAAGUCUAUGAUCUAUUGGAAAAAGGAUAUCGAAUGGAACAGCCUGAAGGAUGCCCCCCUAAGGUUUAUGAACUUAUGAGAGCAUGCUGGAAGUGGAGCCCUGCUGACAGACCCUCUUUUUCUGAAACACAUCAAGCUUUUGAAACCAUGUUUCAUGACUCCAGCAUUUCUGAAGAAGUAGCAGAGGAGCUUGGGAGAGCUGCCUCCUCCUCAUCUGUUGUUCCAUAUUUGCCCCGAUUACCUAUACUUCCCUCCAAGACCCGGACGCUGAAGAAACAGGUGGAGAAUAAGGAAAACAUUGAAGGGAUACAGGAUGCUACAGAAAAUUCUGCUUCUAAUUCAGCACCAGGAUUCAUUAGAAGUACACAAGCCCCCAGUGGGUCCCCAGCACUGCCUCGAAAGCAGAGAGACAAGUCACCCAGCAGCCUCUUGGAAGAUGCCAAAGAGACAUGCUUUACCAGAGAUAGGAAGGGAGGCUUCUUCAGUUCCUUCAUGAAAAAGAGAAAUGCUCCCACACCACCUAAACGCAGCAGCUCCUUCCGAGAAAUGGAGAAUCAGCCCCACAAGAAAUAUGAACUCACGGGUAACUUCUCAUCUGUUGCUUCUCUACAGCAUGCUGAUGGGUUCUCUUUCACUCCUGCCCAGCAAGAGGCGAAUCUGGUACCACCCAAGUGCUAUGGGGGGAGCUUUGCCCAGAGGAACCUCUGUAAUGACGAUGGUGGUGGGGGUGGGGGUAGUGGCACUGCUGGGGGUGGCUGGUCUGGUAUCACAGGCUUCUUUACACCUCGCUUAAUCAAAAAGACAUUGGGCUUACGAGCAGGUAAACCCACAGCCAGUGAUGAGAAUUCCAAGCCUUUUCCAAGGUCAAACUCUACAUCUUCCAUGUCCUCAGGGCUUCCAGAGCAGGAUAGGAUGGCAAUGACCCUUCCCAGGAACUGCCAGAGGUCCAAACUCCAGCUGGAAAGGACAGUGUCCACCUCUUCCCAGCCAGAAGAGAAUGUAGACAGGGCCAAUGACAUGCUUCCAAAAAAACCAGAGGAAGGUGCUGCUCCAACCAGGGAGAGACCAAAAGCCAAACUUUUGCCCAGAGGAGCCACGGCUCUUCCUCUCAGAACCCCCUCUGGGGAUCCAGCCAUUACAGAGAAGGACUCUCCAGGGCUAGGGGUGUCAGGAGUGGCAGCCACCUCAAAGGGCAAGGAGAGGAAUGGGGGAGCACGACUUGGCAUGGCUGGAGUCCCAGAGGAUGGCGAACAGGCAGGCUGGUCUCCAGCCAAGGCUGCAGCAGUCCUCCCAACCACUCACAACCACAAAGUGCCAGUCCUUAUCUCACCCACUCUGAAGCACACGCCAGCUGACGUGCAGCUCAUUGGCACAGACUCUCAGGGGAAUAAAUUCAAGCUCUUAUCUGAGCAUCAGGUUACAUCCUCUGGAGACAAGGACCGACCCCGACGGGUAAAACCAAAGUGUGCCCCACCCCCACCGCCAGUGAUGAGACUACUGCAGCAUCCGUCCAUGAGCUCAGACCCCACAGAAGAGCCAGCUGCCCCCACCGCAGGACAACCCACGUCAGAAAUACAAGAAGGAGCGAAAAAGGCAGCUCCCGGGGCGGUGGCCAUGAGUGGGAAAGCUGGGAGGCCAGUGAUGCCUCCACCUCAAGUGCCUCUGCCCACUUCAUCCAUCUCGCCAGCCAAAAUGGCCAACGGCACAGCAGGUACUAAAGUGGCUCUGAGAAAAACCAAACAGGCAGCUGAGAAAAUCUCAGCAGACAAAAUCAGCAAAGAGGCCCUGCUGGAAUGUGCUGACCUACUGUCCAGUGCCAUCACGGAACCUGUGCCUAACAGUCAACUGGUAGACACUGGACACCAACUGCUUGACUACUGCUCAGGCUAUGUGGACUGCAUCCCUCAAACUCGCAACAAAUUUGCCUUCCGAGAGGCUGUGAGCAAACUGGAACUUAGCCUGCAGGAGCUGCAGGUGUCUUCAGCAGCUGCUGGUGUCCCUGGGGCAAACCCUGUCCUUAAUAACUUAUUAUCGUGUGUACAGGAAAUCAGUGAUGUGGUGCAGAGGUAGCCACUGCCAGCCUAGUGGGAAGAUGCACACAUCUGAGGGAAAAGGAAGAGGGACUUGCUUUCCUGUGUUUUUGUUUUUUUUCGUUUUUUUUUUUUUUUUUUAAAUGAAAGACUGAUACUUGAGUGUGUUUAUGUGAA